GUACAAUUUUCAGCUACCAUGCAAACUGAAAGAAAUAUUACAUUACGCGUUCGUAAUAAACGUCAUGUUUAAAUACGUUGAAAUACUUAUCUAUUUGUCGGAACCGUAUUGUUUUGUUUGGCUAGACAGCAUUUCCGCGCUAUACACAGUCAUACCAGUGUCUGUUAAUUCAGAUUUCACCAUAUAAUAUAUUUGUAAAAUAAAUAAAAUUUCAAAGUUUAAAACCAUUUUUGGAAUAAUUCAUAUAAAUAAAAUAAUAUAUACAAUUUAGACAUUAAUAACUGUGCAAUAAUAACUUUAUAACGUUUUAUACGUAUGUAUCAUUCCUUAAUAAUUCUCAUAACUAUUUCAUGUGACAUGUGACCUUUAUUAUUUUCAUUUUACUUAUAAUCAUUAUUAUUAUUAUUAUUAUCAACUAACGAUUUAUUUUUAAUAGAUACUUACUUUUGUUUUAUCACAACAUUAAGCAGUUUUAAUUCAAUAUGUUGAUUGGUGUAUUUACAUAUUAUCAUGUGUGGUUCAUUAUUGCAGAACUGUCGGCUGUCAUGGGUGUGUAUCCACGAAUUAGAACCAUAAUACUGCAGUAUUAUAGUUACUGCGUUCAAAACGAAAAUAAUAAUUCAUUCGAUUUUUUUUAAUGUUCGAUCGACAUUAUCAGGUAUGUCAAAAUAAUAUUUAUAUUAUAUUAUUUUAUACAAUUAACAAAUUUACGUUUUUAUAAGAUAAGACCACGAGAAUAAUAGUAAAAACAAAUGUUCAUCUAACACAAAAUGCCAAAAAUACCGUUUUUGAAAAUUUGAAAAAAAAAUGGCGAACUGUUCAUAAUAUAUGUACAAAGGAAUUUCAAUAAACCUAAAUUAGCAUAAAACAGCUGAUAUCGAGCCUAUGUAGGUAAAAAAGCGUAAAAGCGACAUUUGAACGAUAAGUGAAUUAUAAUAACGCAUUUGUGUUCGGUAACAUAAAAAUUUAAUAUUUGAUGUAAACAAUUUUUCGAAACGAAAUCUUGCUCCGAUAUAUAGAGUAUAGUACCUUAUCUGAAAAAAAUUUUUGUCUGAUUGAUGCAUUAGAGAGAUUAUUUUUAAUUUUCCAAGCUAGUUUUAAAAUAAUUGGAAAAACUAUAGGUAAAAUGGCAAAUAUUUACGCCAAGCCGGCGUUACAAUUUUCAUAGUUUUUAAUUUUUGUUCAUGAAUUUUCCACCAGAAUUAUUACUCCAAUUGAAAAAUGACAUAAGAUCGAUUUUGUUCCAUUUAACAUGAUAUAGCCAAUUUUUAAUCUAGUAGGUGACCAAGAAAGUCGAUUUUUGAUUUUAUUUUCUUCUAUUCAAUAGUUAAUUAGAGCCCACAUUGAAGUUGAUAGGUGCAUACAAAUUUUCUUCUUGACCUUGGUCUAACUAACAACUAUAGAUACAAGAUACUAUUACUAUAGAUUAUCUAGCCUAGAUACGUUGUUAAUACAAUAAUAUUGAUAAUCUAAGGCAUUUAUUAAUAAAUGUCCUCUCCCCUUUCACUAAAAAAAAAAAAAUCUCCGCAAGCAGAUAAACAAGUUCCAUGAGAAUAGAUAGAUCAAUCAAACCUUCCCCUUGACUUUUAGACUUUCCUCAGUUACCCCACUUUUCAAUUACCAGUGAGAUUAUUUCCUAAUUAUAGAACAGGGACCAAAAGAACAUAUUCUUGAAGAAAAUUUUAAAACCGUUUCUUAGUUCAAGGAAUCGGAAUCUUGUAAAUAAAAUAGGUACAAAGUUGUAUGGGUUCCAUGGAAUUACAAAGAAAAUUAAUGAAAAAUAAAUAAAUUAAUGAAAAAAAUAAACUGUAAUUAGUAAGAAAUCGAAAUAUACAUUAUUUUCUUAGAAAUAAGACAGAAAUACUUUAUCGUGUUUCAUACUUCCAAAAAUUAACAGAAAUAAGUAAUAAAAAUAAAAAAUAAUUAAUAUGACGUCUGGAAUUGGUAUUAAUCGAAACCGAUAUUACCAAGAACUGGAACUGGAACUCAUAUUCUAAGAAUCGGAAUUAACCGAAAUUUAAUAGAACCUAGCCAGAACUGGUACCAGAACCGAAAUUCUAUUUUUUUUAAGAACCAAACCGGAUCCAGAACCUAUAAAAAACUAUAGGGUUCCAGUUCCUGAAUAGUGUAUUUCUAUAUAAAAUAAUUUAUUUUCAUUUUUGUUACACAAUUUACACUAAUUCAAUUAUAUUUACCAAUUAUUUUCUAGUGCAUAUUCACAGAAAUAAUUUUACUCUACUGGAUGUCCAAUAGAUUUUGCUAUGUAUCUAUUCGGACGUAGAAAACCUUCUAAACAUUUGUCCGACUGUGUAGGUGUACAAAUUGUUACUUAUGUAUUUUUAAAUUUAUAAAGCUUUUUUUCACUAAAGACCGUAGAAACUUGACAUUUUGUGAUAUGUCUGGAAUUUCAGACUUGUACAUUCCAGGUUUUCAAGGGCUCUCUUAUUUAAAGUUUAUUAUUUAUUAUCUACGAGAAUAACUUAAUACCUUACAAAUAUAAAAAUAUAUAUUUAUAAAAUUUAUUUUAGGUAUUUACUCAUUUGCUUUAAAAUAAUAUGUAUAGGCAUAAAUAGCAUUAAUUUAAUAUAUGUAAAGUAUAAAUUAUACCGGAAAAUUGUUAAUACAAGAUAUUAUAAUAUGAAGGUACAGUGUUGUACUUAUGCCACCCGUGUUGCAAUCAUUGUAAAAGUAUUGUGUCAUCCAACGAAGAUUAUAAAAUACACGCUGCAGUACUCGUCGACCUAAACUCUUUAUGACUAUUGUUGAGCAACAGAAGUCUGUGCUUUUACGCCACACAAACAUGUCGCUUAUAACUUUACGCUGCUAGAAAAUUUAAUAUCUGUCGUUUACGAAAAUUGAAUUCAUAGAGAAAAAACCGUUAGUUUUUAAUGAAGUAGCUACUAUUUACCCAGCAGACAGUAGUGGCUUACACUUUUCAUCGUUAAUAAAGCUGACUUGUCUACAUUUUUUUGAUAUGAAAAGGUAAUUUUGUCCAACAGUGUCGGUAAUGCCCUUCCUAUAUUAAGUAUAUUAAGGUUCAAUAUAAUAUUAUCUAAAUCAGCGUUUCUCAACCAUAGGGUCGCUACCCAAUUUUGGGUCAUGGAUAAUUUUAAAUAGGUCGCCAAAUGAUUUAAACGUUAAUAUAAUAAUUUCAUUUUAGACUACCUGUAUAAAAUAGUUUUAAAAAUAAUUAAUGAAAUAUCUUUCGUAAAUUAUUUUUCUUGACAAACAAGUAUAAAUUUAUAAUUUUGGACUAUAGUCUUUCAAUACUGUAAAUACACCCUAUCAGAUCACAUUCACAGAAACGAUUAAAUUUGGUGAGUUGUUGACUUGAAGUAUUUGUUUUGGUAUCAAUUGUUAUUAUUGUGAACUUCACAAGGUACCCGUUACUCGUUUUAGUCGUGUAUAUCAAUUUUAAAAUAAAUGGAAUUAAUAGUUUCUUUUAGUUAUGGUAAUUGAACAAUUAAAUGGGUUGGGUAGGAUGGGUAGUCUUUCGUUAGGAAUUAUUUUCAAAAAGGUCACAUGAAUUGUGUAAAUAUCUUGGGUCACCAACACAAAAAUGUUGAGAACUGCUGAUCUAUAUUACAUAUAUGUUAUAUUAUGAUAUACAAUACAUCGUAUUACAAAAUAGUUUCCAAAGUAGUGUUUAAUGUUUAUGUACUUAUAAUAAUAUAGAGUCAUUAAUUUUCAUAAUUUGCAAUAUAUUUAGGUAGGUUGAUCGAUAUAUUGUAACAUGAACGAUCAAGCAUACGGUGACGAUAAUAAUCAUGAACCCGGAUAUUCAACAAUAGACGAAAACAUUAGUUCAUCAGCGACCGCUUUUCACGAACCGCAAGACGUCCACAGGUUGGUCCAAAUGUUUCAAGGUGUUGUGGAUGACAUGCCCAGCGAUUUCGAUUCGUUAAUGCAAAAUAAACCCGAUUGGAUUGAUCCGGAAAAACUAAAAAGAGGACAACAGUUUGCUUUGGAACAUUAUUUUGGAGUGUCGUUCUCUAAAAUAUUAUCAUUAUACAUAUUGUUCGCGUUAAGUCAUAAUGGUCUGGACACAUUGAUAUACACCCGGAUGUCGGACACUCCUUACAAAGCGUACAGACGAUACUACGCAACGUCGGAUAUCAUAAAAUCGUGGAUGGAAACCGACAUAUUGACUCCGGAAACAAAGGGCAAUAAAAAUAUGCGCAGGGUAUUUCAGAUGCAUCAAAAAGUACAUGAAGAUUUAUUGCAGAACCCCAUUAUUGAUGGCCAAAUGGAACCGCGGUGUACUAUUUUAGGAAAACCCUGGUAUACGGCCACACUGGCGAACCUGAAAAAGGAUUUCAAAUGUAUUUCCCCCGCACCCACCGAAAUAAAUAGCCUCCUGGAACGACAAAAAACCGUGUUCAACCAGUGCUACCUUACAACCACGCAAUUUGGAUUUUUUGGUUUGGCCAUAGUCUAUCCGGAAUGGUUCGGUAUCCACGACUAUUCUAGACAAGAUAUGGAGGACUUUGUACAUUUAUGGAGGACCAUAGGUUAUUUAAUGGGUAUUAAAGACGAAUACAAUUUUGGUCGUGGUACCCUUGACGAGGUGAAGGAAAGAUCAAAAUGGCUAAUUCGGGUGUUAGUGAUACCUAAAUUCCGCGAAAUAACCGAAAAAUGGGAACACAUGUCUAGGUGUGCGGCAGAAGGAGUGCGGAUGUACAUGAAAAAAAGUCUGUCUUUCGAAUCGUCAUUUUGUUAUUUAUGUGACAUACUCGGUUUGAAAUCGACUAAUGUUAAGAAAACCAUCGGUUUUCGUAAAUACAUUUACUUAUGGUGGUUACGGUUUUUCAUGAAAUAUUUAUUAAAGUGGAAUUUGUUUAACUUAAGAAAAAGGUUGAAUAGAUAUAUUUUUAAAAGUAUGAAAACCGCCGCCGAAGAAUUAAACAACGAAAAUAUCCAAAUAAAAUUGCUAAAUAAAUUUAUUAAAUACGAACAAACGGCGGCCGUGUAAUAAUAUUUCAGAAUAUUGAAAAUUAGGCAUAUAAAUACAAUAAUAAUUAUAAUUUGUUUUUUUUAAAAUUUAAAUAGGUGUCACACGAAAAAAUAUGAUCAUUGCGAUAUUUUGAAAAGUAUUAGUUUUUUAUUUUUUUGAUAAAUUAAGAAACAAGGAUCUCUAAAAUAUUGCAUUACCUACCAUUAUUUUUUGUCAGCCUUAUUUUUGGUGUUGAACCGACUGAUUGUCGGAUAUUGGUACGGUCGCAGUCGUCCAUAAAAUGUAUCACAAGAGAAAUUAAAAACACGGAAUACUGGUACUUUUCAAAAUUUAAUUUUCGGAGGGCUAAAAUAUUUUAAUAUUCAUAUAGUUUUCAAUAAAUCGUUAUUGGUCAAAUAGUUAAAUUUAAAUAUGUUAAAAACAAAUAAAUAGGUAAAAAUUAAUAAUAGGAAUCAAAAUAAAUACAAAGUAUAAAUAGGUAUAUAAAACGAAGCACUUUAGCAGAUAGGUACCUUCAACUAACAAUAUAUAUUAUGUUUAAUCCAUGAACACAAUAAUAACCAAUGUUCUAUACUUCAAGCAUUUACUUACUUUUUGACUAAACACGUUGAUAGACAGUAGGCCAACAUUACUACUAUAGCAGUAAUAAUACAAAUUAAUGUUGGGGAUCAUUUUUAAAUAUCACUACUAUAGCAAUAUUAUGAAAAUCGUCCUCAAAAUGCCAUUACUGCUAUAGCAGUGAUAUUUUAAACGCAAUCAUAUGAAAGAGGAAGUUCUACUGACCUAUAGAUUCCAAAAGACCCGUGAGCACUAGAAAAUAUUGAUAAAUAUAAUACCUUUUUUCUAUUUAUAGUUCGCACAUAUCUAUAGUUCAUGGUUUGACGAAAAUUAAUGACAAAUUAAGGUCGGGUUUUGGUGAAAUAUUAGUUUUUGUAGUGUCCAUCAACGCUUCAACAUAAAAUCUAGCAUAAUGCUAUAGAAACUCGUACCAUGUUAUUACAAUAAUUUCAAAAAUGAAAUUUGAAAGUGCUUUUUUUUAUAGCUUACUUUGAUUGUUUUUGAACAAAUUGCUUUUUUCUGGUUUUUCUGACUAUUUUUGGUAUUUUGCAUAUCUCUGCUUAAUUAUGACACGUGUACUACAGCCGAACUAAAAAUUAUUUAAAAAUUAUUUGAAAUACAAAGUUUAAGAAAAUAUUUGAUUAGGUAUUUAAUUCAAUAGAAAGAGCAAUUAACAUUUUAAAAUACAUUGUUUUUUUAAUAAAAUUAAUAAAUUUUUUUUUUGGUUAAAAAAUGUGUAAUUCAUUUUUCAAAAAAAAUCUAUAUAUGAAGUGUAAUAAAAAAGGAAUACACUAAUAAAAAAAAAUUAUGAAAGAAGUUGGUACUUUUCAAGAUAUUUUAACGAUCAUAUUAUCUUCUAGUGACAUGUUAUAUAAAUUAAAUAAUUGCAAUUUUUGUUUGUAUGUAUUUAUUGAUGAAUAUUCCUGAGAUGUUACAAAAUUAAUAGGUGGAUAGAAACAAUAUUGAAAUGUUUAUAAUCAUUAGACCUGCAAUAAUAACCAAUUAUGUAUAGUUUUUAAUAUAAGAAAAUACAAAUUUUAUACAUAAUAUUCUUGUAUACAAACUAAUACAUUACCAUUGAAUUUAUAAUAUUAUAAAAUCUAUGGCACUAAAUUUAAUUUUGAAAAUAUAUACACCUAUACAAUUUAGACCAAAAAUAAAGGGGAAAAAAAAUUUAAUUCGACAAUAUUAUAAACACAAAGUACCGAAAAUCGAUAAAAGCUCUUUUCCCAUGGUACCAAAGGUACAACAUACAAUUUAUUAUAAGUUAAAAUCCUAAUUUUAAUUUUUAGAUAAUAAAAUACAAAUAUUAACUACAAAUAUAAACUAUUAUAAAACAAAUGAUACUACCUUUAAUUGUAUCAAUGACUAAUGAUUGUAUAAUAAUUUUAUUAUUGGUUGCAUUAUUUCAAUAUUAUCAUAUUUUUUUAAAUUAAAUAUAUUACAAAUCGUAUAUUUACUUACUAAUUUAGAUGACGUAAUAUUUUAAUUUGUAACAAAAUAUUUAUUUGUUAUGUCAUAAACUCUUAAUAUAAGUGCUUUGCUAAAUAUGAAAAUCAUGUAGUAGACGGUAAUGUAUAUCAUAAUUAAUUUGGGCAUUUUAGAUUUUGAAUGUAGCAUAGAAUGUAUUAAUUUUACUAAGAGUGAAUUUGAUUUUUCAGUCAGUAAACAACUUUUUUACCAUUAAUCUUGUUUUGAUCAUCAACUUCAAAGGUGGUUAUUGUUAAUACUGUUUUUGUCUAGUUGAUAUGCUGAGCAGGUCAUUUUUUUUUAUUUUCAUUGUGAUUUUCUUAGUAAUUAAGAAAAACCUGGAAAAACUUUAGAAAAAUCACACAUUCUAUGUAAAGAUUUCUGUUAUUAUUUUUUUUUGUUUAAUUAUUCAAAUUCAAAUUCAAAUCAAGGUUUGGUAUUACAAGCUAUUCGAAAAAUUAAUAAACACAACUAUUUUCAUGAACUCUUUUAUUUACGUAUAAAGCAUAUACUAUUGAAACUUAAAUAUAAAAAAAAGUAAAGAUACAAAAUGAACGACUUAAAUUUUAAUAAAUACUUCUUUAGAUUAUGCAAAAUUCAUACUAAUGAUAGUCUAAUAGAAAUAUAUAAACAGUUAUAAUAAUAGUAAUAGUACAAAUUUUUAAAAAACAUGAAAUGCUAUUCAAUCCUCUGAUGAAUCAGAAUUUCUCUGUUCUGAUACUAAAAUGAAAAAAAAGACAAUAAUUAAUAUGUAGUUUUUGUUAAAAAUAAUAACAAUGAUUUACUCACAGUCAUUUAUAACUCGUCGGGUGUUGUUUGAUUUUGUGUUUCUUUGCUUAGGUAUAGCACCACCAGAUGGAUUUAAAUAUACAUUUGAAUUAUCAAUUGGCAGCUCUGAAUGAUUUAAUCUUGAACUA